GGCGGGGCCGAGGGCCGUCUCACCCAGCGGCGAGUGGUCGGAACCUUCCUCCCUCUCCUUCCCUUCCCCUUCCCCUCCCAGGAAAGGCUGGGACUUGGCACCGGGGCUGUCCCGUGGCCGCGGCGGCCUCAGCUCCCGCCGGGCUGGGGUACGGAGAGUCCGACCGCUUCCAGGGCGAGUGCUCCUGAUUGUGACAUCACAUCCAUCCCCUUGGUGAUGGAGCUUGUCGCUGAGAAGGAAGAUUCAGUUGGAGAAUAGCCAACAAGAUGGGCUACUGGGAGCGUCUCCUGAGUGGCACUGAGUGGAGGCGUCAGGGGGUUGGAGCCUUGUGAACAGGGAGCCUGUCCCCCAACACUUGGAAGGGCCUGGGUUUCAGUGAUGAGACAUGGGGUAUGAUGUAACCCGCUUCCAGGGGGAUGUUGACGAAGAUCUUAUCUGUCCUAUUUGCAGUGGAGUCUUGGAGGAGCCAGUCCAGGCACCUCAUUGCGAGCAUGCUUUCUGCAAUGCCUGCAUCACCCAGUGGUUCUCUCAGCAGCAGACGUGUCCGGUGGACCGCAGCGUAGUGACGGUUGCCCACCUGCGCCCAGUACCUCGGAUCAUGCGGAACAUGUUGUCAAAGCUGCAGAUUGCCUGCGACAACGCUGUAUUUGGCUGUAGUGCUGUUGUUCGGCUUGAUAACCUCAUGUCUCACCUCAGUGACUGUGAGCACAACCCAAAACGGCCUGUGACCUGUGAACAGGGCUGCGGCCUGGAGAUGCCCAAAGAUGAGCUGCCAAACCACAACUGCGUUAAACACCUGCGCUCAGUGGUACAGCAGCAGCAGACACGCAUCGCAGAGCUGGAGAAGUCCUCGGCUGAACACAAACACCAGCUGUCGGAGCAGAAGCGAGACAUCCAGCUGCUGAAGGCAUACAUGCGUGCAAUCCGCAGUGUCAACCCCAACCUUCAGAACCUGGAGGAGACAAUUGAAUACAAUGAGAUCCUAGAGUGGGUGAACUCCCUGCAGCCAGCAAGAGUGACCCGCUGGGGAGGGAUGAUCUCCACCCCAGAUGCUGUCCUCCAGGCUGUAAUCAAGCGCUCCCUGGUGGAGAGUGGCUGUCCUGCCUCUAUUGUCAACGAGCUGAUAGAAAAUGCCCAUGAGCGAAGCUGGCCCCAGGGUCUGGCCACACUAGAGACAAGACAGAUGAACCGGCGGUACUAUGAGAACUAUGUGGCCAAACGCAUCCCUGGCAAGCAGGCUGUUGUCGUGAUGGCCUGUGAGAACCAGCAUAUGGGCGAUGACAUGGUGCAGGAGCCGGGGCUCGUCAUGAUAUUUGCCCAUGGUGUUGAAGAGAUAUAGAUCCCGGCGGGCUGUCAGGAAGAGAUGGAAAUCAGAAAAUCUCAUCACUCCAGUAGCUGAGCCCUGAGUCCUCCCCCCUGUCCUUAAUCUUGUGGCUUAUCCUUGAGCCACACAUCUCCCUGCUCUUCGGGCACUGAGGGGCCCUGGAACACUUUGCUCAGCCUUGCGGGUGGGAAACCCAGGUUCCCUUCUUUUGCCUAAUUCCUUCCCCUAAGAUGUCUGUAAAUUUUCAGUCUGGUUGGGAAAGUCCCCAUUCUAUAUCCACUUUCCUGCCUAGGGUCCCUGGUUCCAGAUAUUUUCAGAAAGCACAAAGAUACUCAUUUUCUCUUGAAGGAUCAGGGUGGAGUGAGAAAUUUUGAAUCAUUCCCCUCUUCAAACCAGGGAAUCUGAGCAGGCAGGCCUGUUGACUCUAAACACUUAGCGGGCAGCUCUGGGGAGCAGACAUCCUGAAGAAAUAGUAAGGGUGGAACCAAAACCCUAGAAGUAAUGAGCCAGUAACUGGCCAUCAUUGAUGGCCCUUAGGGGAAGACUGGAACUCUGUGCCAAGCAAUACCUUGUUUAGUCCAUCUUAAAGGUGCAGGCUCCCAUUGGUCUGCAGGUGUGCAGGUUGGGAUGCCGAAAAUUUCCAGAUGAGCUCUUCUUUCCUAUACUUUCUCUUAGUUAAGGAAUGACAGGAGUGGGCGUAGGGGGUUAGUCUGUUGGGGUGAAUCUGCUCAGCAAGAAGCAGCUCUCUGGCAUUUGCUGAAGUCAGGUAGGCACCUGCCUCUGUGGCACAGGCCAUAGUAGCUCCCUGCCCCUCCAGCCCUGUGAUUGAACUAGUCAUUUUGAUAAUUCCCUUUGGCCAUUGUGGUGUGUUUAUAUUUCACUCCCUCCCACAUUUUUUUUUUUAAGAAUGGCCUACUUAAGGCUACCCCACUUUUCCAGCCCAGCCACAUUGUUGGCAAUUUAAUUUAUUUACUUCUUUUUUUUUAAAGAAAGGAAAAAGAAAAAAAUGAACAAAACUUAAAA